AUGGCACUUUUGGCCCUUGUGCUAACCCUCGGACUUGCAAACCCGGCAUGGGCGCACGUCAAUCCCGACCGCCGUAACGCAGUGACCGCCCAUGGCACCAUCAUGGGCUUUGCAUUCGCUGUCCUCUUCCCACUUGGAGCAAUCCUCAUCCGUACGGCAUCGUUCCGUGGACUAGUGUGGAUACAUGCUGGAAUCCAGGCAUUCGCCUAUCUACUGGCAUUGGCUGGUCUUGGUUUGGGAGUUUACAUCGCCAUCUACCCCGAAUCGCAGCUCACCGCUAGUAAUGGUCAUCCCAUCAUUGGCAUCAUCGUUGUCGGAGCUCUCGUCUUUCAACCAAUCGGAGGCCUCAUUCAUCAUUAUAUGUAUAAGAAGUAUCAUCGACGUACCAUAUGGGCAAUCACGCAUGUCUGGUGGGGUCGGAUCAUCUUGACUUUGGGAAUCAUUAAUGGUGGCUUGGGCUUGAUGUUGAGUGGGAACACGGUCAAGGGUGAGAUUGCCUACGGAGUUAUUGCUGGUGUGAUGUGGCUCAUCUGGAUGGCUGUUGCUGUUUGGGGACACUUGAGAUCGAGGGGCACAUCUGGCGAAACAGGAGAGAACGCAUUGGGUCACAGUGAUGCCGGGUCCAGUCCCAGUCCCGAUCGGUACAAAGAAGGAUACAGAGCUGCUUGA